CUUUUCAAUAUAUAUAAUUUACUUAUUGAAAUCAUUGAAGCAUUGAGCCAUUUUCCCAUGGUUUAUGAGGAGAUAAGUAGUAGAAUAUGCAUCAGAGCAUAUUCACUUGUUGUUAACAUAAUAUGAUAAUAUUAUUGUYUGCCAUGGUGUCACUAUUGAGUAUAAAUGUUGAUUGAUUUCAAGUAUUAUCAGUAAUGUUAUCUUAUUAAGAUGUGUUUUAUCAAUCCAGUCGUCCAUGUUGUUUAUCUUUCGCACACGGCUAGCACCACACAAAAGCAAUUUUGUAGCCUUGACCUUCACUAGUCACUGUUGAUUUGGUGUUGCUAUUGUGUAAGCGAAAAAGGGAGCAACAUGGGGAGAUUACAAUUAAUUUACUUUUGUAAGAACUAAUAUAUCUACUGCCUAUUUAAGGCAAUUGACUCAUAUCUCUCCUGGCCAGGAAUAUAUGGAAUUCACGGCAGCAUGAAUCUUUCAGUUUUCGCUUAUACAACUGUAUCACCAAUUCGACAAACAGAAAAAAAAAACAUUCAUUAGUCUUUGAACUCAAUGGAAACUUUUUCUGUAACUUCAGGGAAUCUGCCACCGUGGAAAGUUAGUGUUGUUCGAAAAUCUCCAUAUAUUCCUGGCUUGCGGCCUGAAAGUCUUCCCCCUAAUAAACAGUUUACUGUACARCUYCAUUGUAUACUUGACGCUUUAUCGUCACCUGAACCGCAAUCACCAAGGAGACCCAAGUCAUCACGAGCCAUGUCGGUAUCACCACGACUUUACACACCAAGAAAACAAUACACACCAACUCCAAGACCUUCUACUGCACCAAGCCUAAGACCAAAGACAGCUAUUGGCCUACGAACACCAGAAAUGACCAGGAAAUCWCUAACACCAACAAGAAUGAAAGAAGACAUAAAGAGUGCUAUCAAAAGCUUGCCAAGUAAACCUAAAGCAGGAUCUGACAAGCCAAUAGCYAUCAAACCUCGUCCAAGACCAAAAGCAGGCUCCAUCACACCUGUUGCUAUACGCCGUCCUCCUAAAAUUCCUCAAGUUCUUCUUGAUUAUGAUGARGAUGACAAGAGAAGCAUUGAUUCUAAUGAGAACAUUGAAGCCAAACAUGGCUAUUAUGUAUAUGUUGACGGCYUGAAGGUUUACACCAACCAGCCGCCUUCAAGUGAUGGAAAGCCAACUGCUUCAGUAAAGCCUAUGCUUGCAUCAGACUUUAUAGACUCAAAUGAAAACAAAGCUGAUGUUAUUGAAGACUUUGAGAAAGAUUUGAAGCCAGUCAUUACAACAAGCUUUGAGUCAGGGGAAUCUAUUGAAGCUAGUCAGUAAAAUUAAUGGUAUAUGCUGGCUUAGUAAAUGGUAUUUUUGGUUUGUUGACUUUAAUAAGUUAGCAAGGUACCAAUUUAAAUCAAUCAUAUAAAAAUCAAUAUUGUACAGAGAAUCAUUUCAAUUUAGAAACAAUUCUGUUGCAAGGUCGUUUGUUGUUUCUGCUUAGCAAUUUGAUAAUAUUAAGGAAUUAUUUUACUGCAGUAUUAACACUGCAACAUUAUAUUCUACAAAAUUGUAGAUAUAUUUUGCAUGAUGCAAAAGGUAAUUAGAUAGCAUAUUGCACGGGGUAGCUUAUGGGAUAUUAGCACAUUAAUCAUGUGUUAGAAUGUUCUCACAGACAYUAAUGUCUGUCCAAUUUAUAAUAARGUGCAGAGGGGAUAUUUAGUCAGCUAGGUUCACAAUUUAUUGAAAGUCAUUUAAUAGUUUUAGAAAUAUUUGUUGAAUAUUGUUAUUUAUGAGUAGCUUAUAUAUUACAUUUUAUGCCAUAGUUUAUUCAUUUC